AUGAAAUACCUCCCGAAUUAUUUCACGAAGGGCCAGCUGAGCAAAAUGUUCUUCCUCUACCCGGAUCCGCAUUUCAAGAAGAGAAAGCACAAAUGGCGCAUUAUCACGCGGGAAAUGCUUGGAGAAUACGCCUACGUGCUGCGCCCUGGAGGCAUCAUCUACACGAUCAGCGACGUCGAGGAGCUGUCACAGUGGAUGGUCAAGGAAUUGAGCCGGCAUCCACUAUUCGAGCGGUUGACCGACGAGGAGGAGAAAGCCGACCCGGUGACGGCGCUGAUCUACGAGUCGACCGAGGAGGGCCAAAAAGUGACGAGAAACAAGGGCGACAAGUUCGCAGCCGUUUUCCGGCGCCUGCCCGAUCCGGAGCCCGCCGAACAA